CUGAGUGUAUUUUCCUUCUAUUUUUCACGUUUCAGAUUCUUUAUAAGACGAGAAAAUCGCUUCGAAAUCCAAAAAAUCUUUUUCGGAGAAUAUUCUGUCGAUGAGCUUCAAUAUGCUAUUGGCAGUGGUGGACUUAUGGCAUCGAAAUGUCCUGCUUCAAAAAUUACUGAAGAAAUGCGAUCGUAUGUAUUAAAAGAACACAAUAAGCUUAGAUCGCAGUUAGCAAACGGUGAAGCAAAAGCGAAAUCGAACGGACUUAUGCCAAGAAGUUCGAACAUGCAUGAAUUGGAGUGGGACUGCGGCCUGGAAGAAAGAGCGCAACAGUGGGCUGAAUAUUGCGAUUUCGAGAUUCAACGCAAGAAUUCCGUAAUUAUAGCGAUGGCGUGGGCAAUCACAAGCAAACUUGGCUGUGGAAUGGCUAAAUGCCACAAUAAUAAUGGAUACCCAUUUAUGGUUCAUGUCGUUUGCCAUUAUGGCCCAAGAGGAAACUGGGAUAAGACAAUCUAUGAAGAAGGUGAACCAUGUAGCAAGUGUUCGGAUUAUGGCAGGGUAUGUAAUGGUAAUGGUAAUGGUCUUUGUAUAGCUGAUGAUACAUCGGUUAUAACGCCUACUGGUACAGAAGCUCCAAGUACCAAGCCAAAGGAAUCUGAGAAGCCUCAUGAUACUGGAAUUCAAAAUGAAAAGCUGACUGAUAAUGAAAUAAACAAACCAUCAAAACCAGACUCAUUAGAAACAUCUUUGCUAAUUAGACAAGCACUAAUUCUCUUAUUUACGGGUAGUUCGUGUCGUGCGUCGAAGAUUACUUCGGCUGGUCGAGAAAAUAUUUUAAAGAAACUUAAUGACAUUCGGAGGAAAGUUGCUAUGGGUCAGUUCUCAACAUCAGAUGGAACGUAUCCAGCAGCCAAGGAGAUGUAUAAAUUGCGAUGGAAUUGCACGUUGGAAAAACUGGCUCAGGAACAUGUGGACAAAUGCCAUUAUAAUCGUUCGGAACAUUUCUACAAGCAUUUUCAUGGCGAUGGCAUUGGUGAAAGUUUGUUUACGAAAUGGACUGUUGACAAGAAUCCUACAAGUGCGCAUUUAACCAAUGAAAUCCUUUGA